AUGAGCAGCUCAGACUCGGAAAACUCUCCAAGAAACACCACCGCCCACGAACUCUUGAAAGACCGGAUACCUAGCGCAACAACUGGAAUCAGGUCAUCUCGGUCUAGUUCAGGUCCCAUUCCUUCCCGACAGCAAAGUUUGAAUCAAUACACGCUGGACAAGGAGUUUGAGGACACGUUGAAUGUUGCCCUUGAGAACAUCGACUCGAACCCGUUUAUUAAUAUAAGUCGUCGACCUACAAUUGACAAUACAGACGCCUUUUCUUUAAAGAGUCUCAACAAAAUGAAUACAAACGCUUAUGGUUACGGAUUGGACGACGGCGAUAUUCCUUUGAUCCCGUCCAACGACCAGAUUCUCGACCCUUCUGACCAGCGACCUACUUCCAAGGCCGACUCCAGAACUAUCUGGUCCAAGGGCGUGCAAUCGCUGCUUAAUUCCUCCAACAGGUUGGUUCUGGGUUCCAGAGGCAAGAAAAAGGGGGUCCAACUGCCCUCCGACGACUCCCCCGUCGGCGAUAUCAACUUCCACGAAGAGCGCGUCAUUAUCCCCCACAUGGACAACGGAUUCCCGUCCAACGCGGUGUCCAAUGCCAAAUACAAUGCGCUUUCGUUCUUCCCCAUCAUUCUGUACGAGCAGUUCAAGUUCUUCUUCAACCUGUACUUCCUGCUCGUUGCAUUGUCCCAGGCCGUGCCCGCUCUGCGAAUCGGCUACCUGUCGUCGUACAUUGUUCCCUUGGCGUUUGUGCUGACGGUGACGAUGCUAAAGGAGGCCAUCGACGAUAUCCAAAGACGUCGUCGAGAUAUGGAGCAGAACAACGAGCUCUACGAGGUUCUGGGCUCUAUCAAGAAAGUUCCCGCCAAAAACCUCAAAUGCGGCGACCUGGUCAAACUUUACAAAGACAGAAGAGUGCCUGCAGACAUGGUUUUGCUGCAAUCAAGCGAAAAUAAUGGAGAGUCUUUUAUUAAGACGGACCAGCUUGACGGUGAGACCGACUGGAAGCUCAGAAUCGCAUGUCCGCUGUCGCAAGGUCUUUCUGAAGACGACUUAGACCUGAUCAAGAUCACAGCUUCGCCUCCUUCUAAACAUAUACACUCCUUCUUAGGAAAACUCACCUUUGGCGAUCAUACAACUCCUCUCAGCAUCGACAACACACUGUGGGCCAACACCGUGCUUGCCUCGGGAACCGCAGUUGGAUGUGUGAUCUACACGGGUAAAGACACCCGGCAAUCGAUGAACACCUCUGUUCCAGGAGUCAAGACUGGACUUUUGGAGCUCGAAAUCAACAACCUCUCCAAGAUUCUUUGUGCGUGCGUUUUCAUUCUUUCCUUUGUGUUGGUGGCAUGCCAGGGAUUCACAAGCGACUGGUACGUGGACGUGAUGCGGUUCUUAAUUCUGUUCUCGACAAUCAUCCCUGUGUCUUUGCGUGUGAACCUCGAUCUCGGCAAGUCGGUGUACGCCUACCAGAUAGAGCACGACGACUCGAUCCCAGAAACGGUUGUGCGUACAAGCACGAUCCCAGAAGACCUGGGCCGGAUCGAGUACUUGUUGAGCGAUAAAACAGGAACCUUGACCCAGAACGACAUGGAACUUAAGAAAUUGCAUCUUGGAACUGUUUCUUAUGCCGGAGACAGCAUGGAUCUGGUGGCCGAAUACGUCCGCAACGGCAAUGAGCACGUUAAGACUUCUAGAAGAGACCUGGGUGCCCGGAUCAGAGACCUUGUCAACACUUUGGCCAUCUGCCACAACGUGACACCAACCUACGAAGACGGCGAGUUGAGCUACCAGGCUGCAUCGCCAGACGAAAUUGCCAUUGUUAAAUAUACAAAGAGCGUCGGUCUGUCUUUGGUGAAACGGGAUCGUACUAGUUUGACCACAUUGCACGAAGCUACCAACAAGACGUUUGACUAUGACAUCUUGCAAGUGUUCCCGUUUAGCUCGGAGACGAAGCGAAUGGGAAUUAUUGUUCGCGACAAGACCCGCGAAGAGCUGUGGUUCUUGGAAAAAGGCGCCGAUACGGUGAUGGCCAAGAUCGUUCAACAGAACGACUGGCUCGAGGAAGAGACAGGAAACAUGGCCAGAGAAGGACUUCGUACUUUGGUGAUUGCCAGAAAGAAGCUCACCACCAACAUUUAUGAAGAGUUUUUGGCACGGUACCAGGAAGCCAGCUUGUCGAUGCUCAACAGAGACCAGGCCAUGGCCAAGGUUCUGUCGCAGUACAUGGAGCACGACCUGGAGCUGCUGGGUCUAACAGGAGUGGAAGACAAGCUUCAAAAGGACGUCAAGUCUUCGAUCGAGCUGCUGAGAAACGCAGGCGUCAAGAUCUGGAUGCUGACCGGUGACAAGGUCGAGACGGCGCGGUGUGUUGCCGUGAGCGCCAAACUGAUCUCCAGAGGCCAGUACGUGCACACCAUUACGCGGCUGAGCCGGCCCGAGUACGCGUUGCAGCAGAUCGAGUACCUACGCACCAACAGAGACGCUUGUCUUUUGAUCGACGGCGAGUCGCUUGGAAUGUACCUCAACUACUUCAAGCAAGAGUUCUUCGACGUUGCCAUCCAUCUCCCUGCUGUUGUUGCGUGCCGGUGCUCUCCGCAACAAAAAGCCGACGUUGCUUGGUUCAUCCGCAAGUCCACCAACAAACGGGUCUGCUGUAUUGGUGACGGAGGUAACGACGUUAAUAUGAUCCAGAGCGCCAACGUGGGUGUUGGUAUCGUUGGGAAGGAAGGAAAACAGGCCUCGCUGGCAGCCGACUUCUCUGUGACUCAAUUCUGCCACCUCACAAAGCUUCUUCUCUGGCACGGCAGAAACUCGUAUAAAAGAAGCGCAAAGCUUGCCCAAUUUGUCAUCCACAGAGGUCUCAUCAUUUCGGUGUGCCAGGCGGUGUAUUCGAUCAGUUCGUCGUUCGAGCCGCUUGCGUUGUACCAGGGCUUUUUGAUGGUUGGUUAUGCCACCUGUUACACAAUGGCUCCUGUGUUUUCACUGGUUUCUGACUCGGACGUGAACGAAAACCUGGUUUCCCUGUAUCCAGAGCUGUACAAAGAGCUGACGGCCGGACGGUCGCUGUCGUACAAGACCUUCUUCGUCUGGGUGUUUGUUUCUCUGUACCAGGGAAUUGUGAUCCAAGGCUCGUCCCAAACGUACAAGGGACUGGAAACUGCAAACUUCACCAAACUGGUUGCUCUGAGUUUCACAGCGCUGGUGCUGAAUGAGCUCGCAAUGGUGGCCAUCGAGAUCAACAAGUGGAACAAGGCCAUGAUGUUCAGCGAGAUCAUCACGCUGGCCAUCUACAUCGGGUCGAUUCCGUUCCUCUCUGAAUAUUAUGACAUGAAGUACGUGAAGAGUGUCUCUUUCCUGUGGCAAACAGUGACGAUUCUGGCCGUUUCGCUGCUGCCAAUCUGGGCAGCAAAGGCCAUCAACCGCAAACUCAGACCUCCAAAUUACGCAAAGGUCCAACAGGCAUAA